UUCUCUCGAGGAGGGACUUGCUCUGACAUUAUGCCUCUGACGGGGUGAAGGCACCCAGAGCAACUUGGGGCUUAUUUGCGUUGGAAAGUUGCACUGCGUCAUGGAGCAUAAGCGCAAACUUUAAACGCCCUUUCCUCUUUCUUUAUCAAUAGACAUUUUCUUCUUUUCUUCUUUCUUUUUCUUGUUUAAAUUUAACAAUGAAGGCAGGUGAAUCACCUGCGGCGUGAAAGACUCGAAGAGCUCAUCGGGUUUUGGCAAGAAAAAGGCGACACGGAGGGAAGUCGUGAUCUGUGCGACGGAUUGCGCUGCGGAGGACGGAGGGAACGGACCGAUGAGAGAACAUGGGUCCUUUGCUGUGUGAUGGACGGCUGACACACCUCCUCCUUCCUCUGCUACUCCUCCUGCGCACCCCUCUUUUAUUCAGCUUAGGGGAGCGCACUUGCCCCAAUAGCUGCCGCUGUGAGGGAAAAACUGUCCAUUGUGACUCAUCAGGAUUUUUAGAUGUCCCAGAAAACAUCACAGUGGGCUGCCAAGGCCUCUCCCUGCGCUACAAUGAACUGCAUACCCUGCUUCCGUAUCAGUUUGCCCACCUCAGCCAACUUCUUUGGAUCUACUUAGACCAUAAUCAGAUUUCCGCAGUUGACAGUCGAGCUUUCCAAGGAAUUCGCAGGCUGAAAGAGCUGAUUCUGAGCUCCAACAGGAUCACAUCCCUGCACAACUCAACAUUCCAUGGCGUUCCCAAUCUUCGCAGUCUGGACUUGUCGUACAACAAAUUGGAAAUUUUGCAGCCUGGUCAAUUCCAUGGCUUACGAAAACUACAAAACCUUCACCUACGUUCAAAUGGGCUCUCCAAUAUUCCAAUUCGAGCAUUUUUGGAAUGCCGAAGUUUGGAGUUUCUGGAUUUGGGCUACAAUCGAAUCAAAGCUCUUACCCGCACCACCUUCUUGGGAUUGCAAAGGCUGAUGGAGUUGCAUCUAGAGCACAACCAUUUCUCAAGGAUCAACUUUUUUCUGUUUCCACGCUUGGCUAAUCUGCGAUCACUUUAUCUGCAAUGGAAUCGGAUCAGAGUGGUCAACCAGGGCCUUCCAUGGACUUGGUAUACACUGCAAAAACUUGAUCUGUCUGGAAAUGAAAUUCAAACACUGGACCCAGCUGUGUUUCACUGUUUGCCUAACCUUCAAGUCCUAAACCUGGAAUCCAACAAGCUGUCUAAUGUGUCCCAGGAAGCCGUGUCAGCGUGGAUCUCACUUACCUCCAUAAGUCUUGCUGGAAACAUGUGGGAUUGCGGUACUGGUAUUUGUCCACUUGUAGCUUGGUUGAGGAAUUUUCGUGGGAGUAAAGAUACUACUAUGAUAUGCAGCAGCCCUAAGUAUCUCCAGGGGGAGAAAAUAAUGGAAGCUACACGAAACCAUGGUAUUUGUGAAGAAACUGAUUACAUUCUAACUGAAACACCCUCACCAAUGUCAGAGCUCAUUUCGGAAGCCACUGCUGAACCAACCUAUGCCCCCACAAGUGGUUCUCCGCCGAUGCUACCAACCAGCACCUUUGGGCCUCUCCCACCAUUCAGACCUCGACCUAUUCCUCAUCCCACCUAUCCAGGGCAUAUGAGCAAAGACCCCAGAGACUCAGUGGUGCACACACGACCGACUUAUAUAACACCCCCAGAGAUGGAGCAUAUGACUCUGCACAAAGUGGUGGUAGGCAGCGUGGCGCUCUUCUUCACAAUGUCCCUCAUCUUGACAAUUAUCUAUGUGCUGUGGCGGCGUUACCCAGGUGCAACCAGGUUGCUGCAGCAGCGAUCCAUGGUGGGACGGAAGCGUCGCAAAAAGAGCCCAGAGCCAGAGCAAAACCUCAGCUCCCAGCUCCAAGAGUAUUAUAUGAGCUACAACCCUGCUGCCACACCAGAGGCAUUGGAGGUGCUAGGCAAUGGCACUGGUUCCUGCACUUGCACAAUAUCUGGCUCCAGGGAGUGUGAGAAUGAGUAUACGUGUCCACGCCCCCUACCUGGUGCCUGGCUGGGAGAUGUGCCUACUAUCCGUUAACUCUAAAGAAAAGACAAAGAACUGUUUUGGAUGGCGCACAAACUACACUGAAGCAAGGCGAGAGGCGUUUGCAGAGAGCCCACCAGGAUCCCACCCCGACAAUUGAAAUCCAAGGAUACACCGAAAAUUGUACUCCAUGCAAACAAGGGCAACUAUGGACCAAAAGGAGGAGGAAAUUAUACUGAUCUUUUUUAUAGUGUCUUCUUUUCCUUUUUUUUUUUUUUUGCCUGUGCUCCUUGGUUGUCAGCUUUGAUGCAUCCAAUAAUGAUUCAUCGCAACACAAAUGACGAGUGUGGACAUGUAGGGAUGCUGCACGGAGAACAGCGGAGCCCUGGACGAAGACUCUUGCAAGCUAAGGGAUGUUCUAAUCAAUGUGGAAGUUAACUUUUAAAGCCUAAUGACUUAUUAUGGCCUUGAGGACAAUGAGGAUGAUGUACAGAAAGUGUGGAAGCAAUGAGUCAUUGAUGAAAAUGCACAGGACACGCAGCUCUGACUGCUCUGCUAACACAGCUGUGUAUAAUUUAAAGUGGAUUUGCAUAUUUUGAUCCUCAUGAAAUCUCUCCUUAUAAUCUAUCCAUGCUUUCUUUUUCUUUUUUUUUUUCUAAUUAAGAUGUACUACAUGCGAUGAUGGUGCCCCACACAUUCUAAUGUGAGUCACUUUGUUUUCGGGCUUCAUCUGGUGGAAAUCAAGACGGCAGCGACUGGAACACUGAGUGAAGCAAACUUUCCCCCCAGCCAAUGAAUGUUGGUGAAGUUCUUUCAUUAUUGUUUUUGUCUUUAAUUGCAAUCAAACGUUGACUGUCUUGUUUUGAGCUCUCUCUAAAACAAGAUUAAAGAGAGGAAAAAAUAAAAAGCUCCCAUCAAGGGUAAAAUGUAAUUUUCUGAAAUUCUAAUGUUGUUAAUGUUGUACUUUAUAAAUAUGUGUUUCCGCCAGUUUCAGCACCAAAUACCAAAGAGCCAAACAGAUGUUUCCUUGGCUUUUGGCUCACCCAAAAGUAAGUCAUAACAGAUCCAGGAUUUGUUAUCCUAAAAAUAAAAUCUAAAGAAGCCUCAAUUCCUUUCACCUUUUUAAAAAUGUUUCCGUUUUUAACGUGCGUGACGUGUUCGUCUUUGUAAGCAAGUGAUCUUGCAUCGGCUGUAAGAUCUUGUCUGAACGAUAACUUUGAGCACUGCUUGACAUAGUGUAACUUUUCUUAAAUACAUGCUUCACUUUCCUUCAAAUAAUCAGCCCGCCUCCCCCUUCUGCAACAAAGACUGCAGUUGCUGCUGUGUGCGGUUCUGCGUUUGCUUGUGUUCUGUUGGUUUUUAAUUCCAUCUGACACCCACUGAGUUGUGGAUUGUUGGUUUAAACCUUUAAACAUUGUCUUUCUACACAGGAAAAUGAUCAUUUUCUAUUGUAAAUUUCUGCUUUUCCCCUUGAAUUUCAUGAUAUUUAGUAAGCAGCUGUAUUCUUUGUUCACUUUCAACAGUAUGUUUUAUAUUGAAGAUAAUGACUUUACUGGUGAGCAAUAUUAAUUGGUCAAAUUAAAAUAUGAAUUAAUCAUU